UUAUAUAAAACAUCUAACAAAUAUUUGUAUUAAGAAUCUAUCAUCUAAAUAGUUUUAUGUGUAGACUUAGUUCAAGGUUGCUAGAUGCUGCGUGCAGUCGUUUCUCCGCUUGCAAAAUAAUUUAUCAGAUUUUGUGAUUCUAAUCUUAGCUAAAAUGGAUGACAAUAGUGAAAUACUAAACAAAAUAUUGGACAGAGUAGCUAAGGAACAGGAAUAUGAAGACGGCGAAAUAUCUGUGAAGUCCAUAUCGAGUGGUGGGGCCAACUACACUAGCUAUCUGCACCUCGCCACAGUCUCAGCACCAGGGAAAGAUGAUCUGAAACUCUUCGUGAAAGUUGCUGCCAUGGGCGAGAAGAUGAGAGCAUUUGCACCCUUAAGAAUUUUCGAAACUGAAAGUUUCUUUUACAACAAUUUGCUUAAAAUCUAUCAGGAAUUAGAGGAACGACACAUGGUCCCUGCUGAACACAGACUUGUCACGCCAAAGUUUUAUGCAAGCAACGAUCAAUGUUACAAAGAAGCACUAGUUUUAGAAGACAUGACAUCGAAAGGCUUUCAAGCCUUUGACAGAUUUAAGUCUAUAGACAGGAAGUAUGCAUUCAAAAGCGUUCAGAACUUAGGUAAGCUGCACGCAUUGUCUAUCGCAUGGUCUGUUGAUGACCCAGAAGAGUUUCAAAAGACUGCAGGAUUUAAGUCUGAUAGCAAUAUUGAGACAAUCUUAGAUUUUUUAAAGAACGUAACGACCAGCGCUCUGGAAGUGACAAAGCCAGAGAACAAAGAGAGAAUGUCAAAUUUUUUAAAGGAAAUGACUGUACUGAAUGUCUUCGCUAAUUUUUAUAAGCCUAUACGAUGUCCAGUACUAGCACAUGGGGACUACAGGCCAAGUAACUUAUUACAUAGGGUUCACGAUGACGGCGAAGUCGACGUCAUCUCCGUGGAUUACCAGACCUUGCAGAUGAGCAGCCCCAUCAUAGAUUUGAUGUACUUCAUUUUCACCGGCUCCGACAAGAACUUCAGGAAACAUCACAUGAAAGACACCAUAGAACAUUACUAUACGGAACUGCGCGCCGCUCUCGAGAGACUCAAUUUAAAUCCUGAUGAAGUCUACCCGAGGGACGACUUUGAUUAUGAAUUACAAAAGGUGAUGCCCUUCGGUCUUCUGAUCAGCAUGUUCUGUCUUCUCAUCAUAACGGUUCAAGAAGAGGAUGCUCCUAAGGUCAACAAGGACAUUGAGAUAAACGACUUCGUCGUCAGCCCGAACGAUCUUUACAAAGAGAGGCUUAAUGACAUUAUUGACGAUUAUAUUGACAUGGGAUUGCUUUAAAAUAUUCUUAGUUCAUAAGUUUUAAGUUCUGACGAGGCUUAAUUUAG